CCCUCUGAUCUGCGAUCAUUCUCCAUAUGCAUGUAAUCGAACCCAAAAAUGGUGGUGUUUGGGAGCAUUGGCAGACGAUUCUGCAAUCAAGCCAUCAAUGAUUCAACGACCUUCUUAUUACCCUCUCGAUUGCAAUUCCAGAGUAUCCGGACACUCAUCCUUCAGUCCGCUUCUGAAUCCGUCAAAAUUCAUAGACAUUCCGAUGCCGAUUCCGGAAUUAUUGAAAUUAUCAUGGAUAGACCUGAAGCCAAAAAUGCCCUUGGGAGGGAUUUGCUGAGGGGAUUACAGAAUAGCUUUGAAGCUAUAAGUGCAGAAUCGGCUGCAAAUGUGUUGAUGAUAUGCAGCUCAGUCUCUAGGGUAUUCUGUGCAGGUGCUGAUUUGAAGGAAAGAAGGACCAUGAAUACAUCUGAGGCUCGAGCUUUUGUUAACUCGCUGAGGUCAACCUUUUCAUUCUUAGAGGCACUUCAAAUCCCAACUAUUGCAGUUAUUGAAGGUGCAGCAUUGGGUGGGGGUCUGGAGAUGGCUUUAUCUUGCGAUCUUCGGAUAUGUGGAGAAGAUGCCAAACUGGCCUUGCCAGAAACCGGGCUUGCUGUAAUACCAGCUGCAGGAGGGUCACAACGACUUCCUAGGUUGAUUGGAAAAUCAAUAGCCAAAGAGCUUAUUUACACUGGGCGGAAGAUCAGUGCCAGAGAUGCAUUGUCAAUUGGUCUCAUCAACCACUGUGUUUCUGCUGGUGAAGCUUAUUCAAAGGCGCUUGAAAUCGCCCGUGAAAUAAAUCAAAAGGGUCCUGUAGCCAUCAGGAUGGCCAAGCGAGCCAUUAACCAAGGUUUGGAUCUAGACAUGGCUUCGGCGUUGGCUCUCGAGGAAGACUGCUAUGAACAUAUCUUGAACACAACUGAUCGGUUAGAAGGCUUGGCCGCAUUUGCGGAAAAACGAAAACCUUUGUACAAAGGUGAAUGAAAUGAGCCAAAUUCGGGCUCAACCAUACACAAGGCUCUAGUUGUCACCAUUGAUUCUAAACCUUUUAAUGGUUACCAAGCACAAGUCGGGGGUUUUAUGGAAACAACUGCUUUACCAUUUGGGGUAGAGGACAAAUAUGUAAACAUUCUACCCCCAGAUUCUAGUUUCGAGUAAGAUAUACUGAGUUGUGUUGGUUUGGUUACCAAUAGCCGGGUAUAUUGAAUAAAUUAGAUUAUUUGAGAAAAGUUUCACAACCUUCGUCAUAUAUCAUAUGAUUCUGUAAAUUAUUUGCUCGUUGC